UGCAAGAACCAUCGUAAAAAACAAAGAACAUGGUCAUCUGAUUUCAAUCUAAAAUGGAGAUAACGAGAUUAAACUUUAUAGAAACCCUUCCAAUUAUAACUGAAGCAAUUGAAGACUCGUCAUUCAUUGCGAUUGACGCUGAAUUCACUGGCCUUACCUCUCGACGCCGGGAGAACGCCUUGGACACGUGCGAUGAAAGGUAUUUGAAGCUGAUUAAUGGCACGAAAGACUUCAUGAUUGUUCAGUUUGGUGUUUGUACAUUUAACUGGGAUGAAGAACAGCAACAAUACAUAGCCAAACCAUUUAAUUUUUUUACAUUUCCUCGGCCUUACAACAGGCAAAUGCCUGAUAUAAAGUUUUUAUGUCAGAGUUCUAGUCUUGAGUUUCUUGCAAAUCAGGGCUUUGAUUUUAAUAAAUGGGUAUGUCAUGGUAUACCAUUUCUGUUGCCUGUGAAUGAAGAUAAACUUCGUCAAAUGGUUGCAUCAAGAUCAUCCCAAAGUAAUGAUUCUACAGAAACAGAACCAAUGCCCAUACCACCAGCAUUUGAAAAAACAAUUGAGCUGAUCAUGAAUAAAGUAGAGGCAUUUAUUGCAGAUUCAGAGCAAAAAGCAUUAAGCUUGCCACCAUCAAGUCCUCUCGUUCGUAGACUUGUGUACAGCCAUGUUAAUGCUGUUCACAAAACCUGUCUUCAUUUGGAAUCGAAAACGAAUGAGGAAAAGGAGAAAUAUGUCAAGAUGACAAAAUGCUCUGGUGAUGAGAAGAAAGCAUUGGAAAGACAAAAAUUUGAUAAGGAAAAUGUUAAAGUUGAAGAGGCUGUUGGCUUUUCAAAAAUUAUCCGACUUUUGUCACAGUCUGGUAAAUUGGUUCUUGGUCACAAUAUGUUGCUAGAUUUGCUUCAUACGAUACGAUUAUUUGUGAGUCCCUUGCCAGCAACCCUCGAUGGCUUUAAAGCUCUUGCAAAAGGGGUUUUACCAAGAUUGAUUGACACCAAAGUCAUGGCAAGCACCGAGCCUCUACAAAGUUUGUUUCAUUUGUCCCAUUUAGAAGAAGUGUAUAAAACUUGCUGCAAAGCUCCAUUUGCGACGCCUCAUGUUCUGUUUUCUGAGGGAUUUGAUCAAUAUGCAGGUGAUAUUGAGGGCUCAAAAUCCCAUGAAGCAGGUUAUGAUGCAUACAUGACUGGAAUAGCUUUCCUUGCAAUGGCAUCUUACCUGGAGAAGCAGCGUGAUGGUAGUAGUCCAUGUGGUGAGGUAGAUGUUGAAAUCAUCAAACCCUUUAUGAACAAAAUAUUUCUUUUUCCAAGAAUGGAAGAUAUUCCUUAUCUUAACAUUUCCGGAGAAGAUCUAGUGCCUAGUCGUGAUCAUGUCUUUUAUGUUGAGCAUCCCAGUGAAUGGCAGUUUACCGACAUCCAGAAGUUGUUCAAAGAUUUUGGUUUUGUUUACAUCACCAAAAUAAAUGAAAUGUCGGCAUUUGUCUCUGUUGCUAAACGCGAGAGAGCCACAAAAGUUUUACAGAAGCUUCAAAAGAAUAAUAGACCAUACCGAAUUCAGAGUUAUAGUGUUUACCAUUCAAAUGGCAAAAAAGAUGAUACGUAUCAAGUCAAUCAUCAUGAACCUAGUACAUCAUCUCAAGAUGCAAACACAAACGAACAAGAGCAUUGUAUCACACCUUGUGAUACACCAGAUGGACCUUCAUUUAAAAGAUCGACUCGUGAGGAGUCAGAUGUAGAAGAUGGAGAGAUUCCUGACUCUCCUGAACCUUUAAAAAAGAAAUUAAAAGGAGAGCAUACUUAUUUUGACGAGCCUGAAGAUUGGUAGAUAUCGUUUGUGUUAAGUUGGUGUAGCUCAAUAAUUUAAAAUCAAGUUGAAGUAGAUUGGUUUUACACUACCUAAAUUUGGUCAACAUCAGUUAAUUAAUUUUUUUAGUUACUCUUAUUAGUACAUGAUAAAAUGUUUUUAAAAACAUUUCUAAAACAAUGUCCGAAAUUGAUAAUAUUCUGGAAACUUGUGUAAAGCAAUCUUUCGAUAAUGUUUAGUGAAUCUUCA